AUGCCUAACACGAAGCGGCUCAAGGGCAAUCGAGCCACCAAGGGCCGGAAGGAACAGCAGCAGCAGCAGCAGCAGCAGCAGCAGUCGCCAUCCGAAGCGCCGCCGCCUAUGUCUGACGACUCUAAAGAGCGUCCGACGCCUGCAGAGGUUGAAGAGGAAGAGCACGCCUUUGUGAAUUUGGCACGCAAGACUUGGUUGAAGCCUGGAAAGAAGGCCGCCAAGCCAAAGGUCAAGAAUGAGGUUCUGAAGCAAGGCAUCUGGGAUAUCCUCGACCGCGAGGGCUUCCGGUACGGGUCGCUGCGACUCCUCGAGAGCCUUCAAACACUGGAGAGCUAUCUGUGGCCUGGCUACACGGAAGACGCCUCCAACUACCAUGUUCUCCUCCUAGCGCUCAUCACCAAUGUCAAGAGGAGGGAACAGCUGGAAACGUGGAGUCUAUUCGAGGACCGCCCCGCCGACUUCUCGUCCAUGUUCCGCCGCGUCGUCUCCAUGAUGCUCGACCAAAGCCUCUCCACGCUCGUCAAGACGCAGCUGCUCUGCUUCCUCAUCCACGCCUUCCAGAGCCUCGACUGCUCCAUUGUUCGAAAGGAGUGCGCUCCCCUCGUGUCCAUUGGCGUAUGGCACAACCUCUCCAGCGACAAUGUCCGCGAGAACCAGUUCAACCGGAAUGCACACCUGAGAAAGACCUGGAGGGCCGCCCACAAGCGCUACGACGCCGCUGACGAGCCCACCAAGGCCCGGCUUCGUUUUGAGAGGUCUUGGCUGUACACGCUACUUCUUGAUUACUUGACCUUGCUAUUCGAGGCGAAGGGCAAGCCAGAUGAGACGCUGUACUGCGAACGCUUCACCGAAUUCAUCUCAGACCUCCAGAGCCAGCUUCCCACCCGACGAUAUGUCAACACGCUGCUGCAUGAUCUCCACAUUGUCCCAGCUAUGAAGCUGUCGCCCAUGUACUCCAACGAAGACAAUAGCUUGCUUCGAGACCAGCACACUCUUCUGUCCCACUACACGUACUUCGCCAUCGACGACCAGACGGGCGCUCAGCUGAGCCGCGCCGAGGCCUACGACAGGCAUUAUGCCCGUCUUGGGAAGCUGCAGCGCGUCGCUCUCAAGCAUUUCAAGGACCAGCUCGUCGUGCUGGCCCUAUCAAACUACGGGUCUAUCGAUAAGAGGGAUGAGCUUGCGCCACUCCUCGACCCUCUGAGCGAUGACGAGGUUGUGCAACUUCUCUCCCUGCUGGAUCUUCGGACCGUUUAUCCCGAAAGUGUCAAGCUACCGCUUGAUCGCCGCUUCUUUGUCGAAAUUAUCCUUUCGACGUUCGAGAGGAGGGAGACAUUCCAGGAGUCGACCGAGAGUAUGGCCCUGGUCCCGACAGAAAAGACGCUGUUUGACAACAGCUUCCGCCUGGCUGACGAGUACGAUGGGUCUCACCCGCUUGCUCUGCCUAAGCUGAACCUGCAGUAUCUCUCAGUUGGCGAUUUCCUUUGGCGAUCGCUGAUCCUGUACCGACGGGAGGCAUUCUAUGGUAUUCGCAACGAUAUCGAAUCGGCCAUAAGGCGUCUCAAGCCGGAUGCGCAUCGCCCCGGGGAGACGCACUUUGCCGGCUUUUCCAAGAUGGCCAUGCCCGUAUCCAAACUUGCAAUCCUCGAGGUUGUCCCCCCCUUGGUUGGUGAUGAUGUCCCGUCAAGGGUGCGUUCAGAGGUCACUAUCGAUGUAAGGAGGCUUAGCCCAGGAGUUCGCAAGGAGUGGGAUACGUUGCGACCCGACGAUGUUGUCUUUCUCUUGGCCAUCGUGCCUCCCCCAUCGCAGUCAAUUCCCAACGGAGAUGGCCUUCUCCCUGAGAAUGAGCAGCUCGGUGUCCUGUCAGUGAGGACGGCUGUCAUCUCUCAAAUAACAGAUGAGAAGGGUCGUCAUGUCCGUGAUGGGUCCUCUGGUCUGGAUAGCAAGCGACGCAUUCAACUUAACCUCGACCCGCGAACAUACGUCCGCGACACGGAAGCAACCGCAGCAGGACGCCCUGAUGUCUAUGGACGGGUCAACAUUCUCCUCCGCCGAGGCAGGAGGGAGAACAACUUCAAGCCCGUCCUCGAGUCUAUCCGCAGCCUCGUCCUUUCCGAGGUGCCGCUGCCAUCGUGGCUGCACGAGGUCUUCCUGGGAUACGGAGAUCCGGCUGGGGCCCAUCACAAGAACCUCCCCAACCGCAUCAGGAAGGUUGACUACCGUGACACAUUUCUCGACUGGCACCACUUAGUCGAGAGUCUACCCGGAAAGACGGUCGAGCCUGAUGACAGUGUCUCUGGUAGCUUCGGCCCCCCGUAUGUCCUCGAGACGGUAGACGCGGAGCAGGUGGAAGAGGCACCCGCAGCUGAGAAGAAGCAGUCUAAGAAGCGCCGGCGCGACGCAGAGCCGGCGCUGAAAUCCGAGGUCGAGACCUUGAAAGUUUCCACCUACAAGCUACCCAACAGGGGGCCUUACCCGGUGGACGAGCCCCGCCUUAACCAGGUGCGGUUCACCUCUGCCCAGGUCGAAGCUAUCAUGUCUGGCGCUCAGCCAGGCCUCUCGAUCGUGGUAGGUCCUCCGGGAACGGGAAAGACGGAUGUUGCGGUCCAGGUCAUCAACAACAUCUAUCACAACUUCCCGGAGCAAAAGACGCUUCUGUUGGCACACAGCAACCAGGCGCUGAACCAGCUCUUUGCAAAGAUCGUCGCUCUUGAUAUUGAUGGCCGGCAUUUGCUGCGUCUCGGUCACGGAGAGGAUGAUCUGCUUACCGACGGCAGCUUCAGCAAGUACGGCAGGGUCGAGUCCUUCCUCGAGAACCGUGAUCUCUACCUUCAAGAGGUCAGGAAGCUGGCCAUCAGCCUAGGGGCCCCGGGUGCUCAUGACAACUCAGCCGAGACUGCGGGCUACUUCAACACGGUCUACGUGGAGCCGGCAUGGACCAAGUUCCUGCAGAUUGCGGCUUCUAACCAGACGAGUGCCGGCGACAUAGUACAAGCCUUCCCCUUCCACGCGUACUUUGCCGAUGCCCCCCAGCCUCUGUUCCCGCCAGAGGCUGACCGGGUGCAGAUCCUCGACAUUGCCCACGGUUGCUUCCGCCAUGUUUCCAGGAUCUUUACGGAGCUCGCAGAUGCUUUGCCCUUUGAGCUUCUGCGUCGCGAGCGCGACAAGGCCAAUUAUCUGCUCACUAACGAAGCCCGCAUCGUGGCUAUGACGACGACACACGCGGCUAUCAGGCGAAGCGAGAUUGCUGCUCUAGGCUUUCACUAUGACAACAUUGUCAUGGAGGAGGCCGCUCAAAUCACCGAGAUUGAGACUUUUAUCCCGCUAGCGAUGCAGAAGCCGGUCAAUGGCGAGCUGAACCUGCAGAGGGUAAUGCUGUGCGGUGACCACUUCCAGAACUCGCCCGUGAUCCAGAACAUGGCCUUCCGCCAGUACGCCAACAUGGAGCAGUCCCUCUUCUCGCGCCUGGUGCGCCUGGGCGUGCCGACGGUGAUGCUGGACCAGCAAGGUCGUGCCCGCCCGUCGAUUGCCAACCUGUACAGGUGGCGCUACCCUAAGCUAGAUGACCUGGCCGACGUGCAGAAUAAGGAUGAGUUCUCCAAGGCCAACGCUGGCUUCCGUUACGAGUUCCAGUUUAUCAACGUGCCCGACUACAAGGGUAAGGGCGAGUCGGAGCCGACGCCGCAUUUUAUCCAGAACCUGGGUGAGGCCGAGUACGCUGUGGCCAUUUUCCAGUAUAUGCGACUUCUGGGGUACCCGGGCAACAGGAUCUCUAUCCUAGCGACGUACGCCGGCCAGCGAGCCCUGAUCCGAGAUGUUCUGAACCACCGGUGCGCCAAGAAUCCCAUCUUUGGCAUGCCCAAGAUUGUGGCGACGGUGGACAAGUACCAGGGCGAGCAAAACGACUGUAAGUUUCUGAUGUUUCUCUCUGUUCUUACCACUGCCCCGAAUAAGCAGCUGCUGACGAGUACGAAACACACAGACGUCAUUCUGUCUCUCACUCGAACCUCGAGGGUUGGCUACCUACGUGAUGUCCGACGCAUGACGGUGGCCCUCUCCCGCGCUCGCCUGGGCCUGUACGUGCUCGGCCGCCGCGAGACGUUCGAGGCGUGCCACGAGCUCCGCCCAGCGUUCGAUGUCCUGCUCCAGAGGCCGGAUAAGCUACUGCUCCUGACAGGCGAGAUGUGGCCUUCGCAGAGGGUCCUGGCUAAUGAGGAAGGACAGGAGACAGUGGAGGGCGAGGUGACCAUGGAGGGCGUGGAGCACCUGGGACAAUACGUCUUUGAGAUGACCAAGACUAAGGUGGGUCAGAUCCAAGCGGAGAAGAACGCGGCGGCGACCGGAGCGGCUCUGGAGCCGACGGAAGUUACGAUUGCGGAAGAAGAGGCCGAAGACGAUGAUGCCGAUGCGGAUGGGACAUAUUACGAGGUACAAGGGGAAGGGGAGGCUCAACAGAACAGCGAGGGUCAAUAA